AUGCAAACAGAGUUUGAUUUCUCCUACCUCGAUGCGGAGGUGCAGAGAGCCGAGCUAGUUGCGGCAGAGAAGGAAUGCGAGGAGCUAAUGCAGUCCUUGCUACCCUCAAAGUCCAAAAAACAGCCUUUGCGCAAGGCAGCGCCACCUAAGGGACUGUCGGCGCAGGAUCAAGAGCGCUUGCAUGAUGCUCAAGAGAAGGUUAAGAGGCUCCGAGAGACCUAUGAGACAAGAUUUGACGGUCCCCGUGGAAAGAAAGUGAAGCGAGAGCAAGUUAACGUACAAAUGGAAGAGAUUCCAGCUCUCAACACCACAAAGGGUGAUAGCCUGGGCAAUGCAAUCGUGCUGGAUCAGCAAGACAUGAUUGAUCCAAUACUGCAGAAUUCACCUGUCACUCACUUUGCUGCUGCGGCAUUGCCUGAUCCCAGUCUUGCUUCUGGCUCACCCGUUUCUGCACUCCUGUCUGCCUCCAUUUCUGCCCUCAAAUUGCCUGCUGUGGAAUUGCCGACUUCGAUUUCUACUGCUCAAACCCUUUCUACUACAUUAUCCGCUCCGAAUUUUGCUCCUACUGGUGAAACAUCUUCAAAUGAUUCCAUGGAUCCUAGGCCCUCUUCAACGUCAUCUCCGGCUGCCAAUUCACCUAUUAGCACCCCUGCUGACAGCGCAGCAGCUUUUCCUUCUUCUGGUGUUCAUAAUUCUACCAGUACAGCACCGGAUCACGGUUCCCGGAUGAUGGAAAUUGACACAGACACGUCAAACCCAAUGGAAGCGCCAUGUUCAAAUGUGAUGAUCAAUGGGAACUCUCAGAAACAUAACGUAGUAGAGACUACAAGUGAUAAGAAUACUGGGAACGUAAAUGACGAUGCAAUUAUGACCGUGCCAACGACCUCAGUUGACGAUGCUGAAACCCAAUCAAAUCGGUUAGAGGACCAUAAUAAGGAGGCAAUGGAACUAUUCAAAGACACUGACUUACAAGACCUUGAUAAAAUUGUAACUGGUAGCAAGGAGCUUAAUAUAUCUGAAAGAAAGACAAAGAAGAUGAGGGAUUUAAAGGCUAUACCUGUCUCAGACAACAGAGAACAUCAAACUGCCAUGAUGUCUCUUAUCUCGCCCCCACUUUCCGGGUCGCUUCCACCAUUGCAGAAACAGAUUACGGCAGAGCUUGAGCAAAUUUCCCAGUUCCUUGCUUCGGUUAACUGCAAGACAGCUGAGCUAGAGGCUGAUAUAUGCAGCCCAAAACAAAGAACCAUGGACGAGAUACGUGGUGCUUUGCAAGCUAUCGAUUCAAACCAUGAUAUUUGUCAGAAAGCAACUGCACGGAUGGGCGAACUUCAAGCUGCAAUUAUCCAGCAUGAACGUGCGUAUCGAGAGCAGCAGAACCGCAAGCCCCUUGAGGAUCGACGGAAAGUUUUGAGAAAGGAAAGGACCCUUGUUUCCAAUUCUCUCAAGACGGCGACAAGUCAAAAUCUUGCAGAUAUUCAAGAAAAGCUACGUACCAUUGAGCAAGAGUUGUCUUCCAUUCGUGAUCAGCUGAACACUCGAAAGAGGCCAGAGAAAUCUGCACAUCAGCCAACAGGAUCUGUUCCAGAUGUUCUAGUCCCCCAAAUUCCCUCGGUGGCAGAGGGGGAAGAUUCAUUGUCCGGUGCUUUUGGAGAGGAUGGAAUUGCUGGUGAUUUUAGAAAGGCAAUGGAGGCGUAUACUAGGAUGACUGGUGCGGAGCUUCAGGCGCUUAGUGAUGGGGCUCAGAAUUCUAUUCAAGAGUUCCUAGAAACCGGAAAACUCCCAAGUCUGAAGGUCAAGCAUCGUAAAGCGUUACGAAUGCUUCAGUUUAUGCAUCCUGAGCUGUGCAUUACACACCGCCAAGUUGCACUUGGGAUUCACAUGACCUCUCACCUCAACCUAGUGUGCCGCUAUCACAAACGUAGCUCGAUGGUGAAGAAGUGCGAUAACAAAACCCAUAUAGCUGGAGUGGCCUACCGUGCGGACUAUAGCGCUGCGCCUCAGGAAGGCCACAUGAAUUGUGGAUGCCUUAUAGACAAUGUCCUCCUUGACUUUUACUUCUGGAAGACACUGUCAAUCCGAUCAACCAAUCCCAAACUUCAAAGCGUUGAAGAAACAAUGAAGACUGAUGUAUUUCCGCCUCGCAUCCGCGCAUUUGUGAUCAAGCUUUUCACUUCGGCAACAAUGCUGACCGCAAGCGAUAUCUACAAUGAUCACCGACCACGAGGGAAAUUUUCACGUGAGACACAUCUAAUGAUGGUCUCUUUCACUCGCCUUGGGGAAGAAUUGAAGGCGAGAUUAAAAGGCAUCAAGGUUGUUACAUAUGGAAUUGAUGAUGUUAAUGAUACUAUGCAGAUUGAUACUGCAUAG